AACAGUCGGGGAUACGCUCUCUGGGAUGAAAAAGGCUUCCUGGAAAACGAAACUAGAAACCGCCACUGUUGUUUUGACAGUCGUUAGAUCGUAGAUGUAGACAUUUAACUGUCUUCGGGGGUGAUAUUGACAACUUGUAGCCGGUGGCGUCUAAAAGAUUUAACCACGAGCCGUUAAAACGUCAAACACGCACGUAGCGUUCGUUAACCAGCUAGCUUUAGCGGCUAGCCCCCGCUAGCAUGGACGGCGGCGGAAGCAUGCAAAGUAAUGAAGAGAGGGGUGCAGAGAAACUAAUGGAUGACUACCUUAAAUCAAUUGGUUUGCAUCGGAAGAAGAUUGCCAAAGACGGGUCGUGCUUGUUUCGAGCCGUCGCAGAGCAGGUGCUGCAUUGCCAAAGCCUUCAUACUAAAGUUCGAGCCAAAUGUGUGGAGUUCCUGAAGCAGAACAGAGAGAUCUAUGAGGCGUUCAUUGAAGGCGACUUUGAGGAUUACCUGUACAAGCUCCAGGACCCGCAGCAAUGGGUCGGAGAGGUGGAGAUCAACGCGCUGGCGGUCAUGUACAAGAGGGAUUUUCUGAUCUUCCAGGAGCCCGGAAAACCAGCCGUCAACAUCACAGACAACAACUUCAAGGACAAGGUGCGGUUGUGUUUUCUGAACGGGAAUCACUACGACAGCGUUUACCCCAUCAGCCACAUGAAGAACGCUGCUCUCUGCCAGUCCAUCCUGUACGAGCUGCUCUAUGAGGGCGUGUUUAAAGUGGACCGGAGCUUUCUGGGGGCGUGCCAGCGGGUCGGCCGACCCUCUGAUCUCCUGAGUGACGACAACAUGGCCGCCUGCGGCAGCAGCGACGAGUCCGACGCGGACGCUGGCGAGGCGCUCUGGGUAGAGAAUGGAACGAGCACGACGGCUGCAAGACACAGCAGGGGCCGUGGGCGUGGCCGGCUUCUGCCUGAGAGGGUGCGGCGUUCACUGAACCCGACUCUGCUCAGGAACAUCGAGUACGACGUCUGGCACAAGAACAAGAGAGCACAACAGAAGAUGGAUUAUUGCAUCGCUGCAGGGAUGCAGUUCGCUGUAGGAGACCGCUGUCAGGUCCGUCUUGAUGGAAGCGGACGAAACUACAACGCAACCGUGAAGGAGGUCCCUCCCAACAACAGCUCAGUGACGGUUUACAUAGAGGAGCUGGGCAGGAAACAGGUCCCUCUGUGGAGCCUUCGUCCUCCCAGUGAUGAGAACAGCUGGAGCACUGUGGUCAACCGAGACAAGAGGCUCAGCAACGGACAUGGAGAUUGGGAGGAGAGGGGCAAAGGCAGAGGCAGGGGGAAGCACGUCCCAGCAUCCUCCUCUGUUUCCCAGGCAACAGCACCGGGCCCCAGCGGGCGUGUGCAGAAGCAGCACUCCUGGCCCCCGCAGGCCCCCACAGAGGAGCAGGGAGGGCCGAAAGCCAACAGGAAGUCUGCGAGCUCGGUGGAGGCUGCGUUCGGCCUGACGGAGGAGCAGCGUUUGGCCAAAGAGGAGGAGGAGAGGAACGUGGCGCUGGUGGAGAUCCAGCUCAGAGACGAGCACAGCUUCCCCGCCCUCGGGACCCAGUCGGGGCUGCAGGGAGACGGAGGGAGGAAGAAGGGAGGAGAGAAAAGAAGAUCCCAAAGAAACAAGACGAAGAGUCCGGUCGAAGACGUCAGAGCUCCGUCUCCCCCUGUUGGCGACAGACCCAAAUCCUCCACCCCGCCUCUUGCGGGCCCUGCUGUUGCCACUGCACCUGCUACCACACCCACCAACCCCACCCCCGCUGCUGCUGCUCCGCCUGCAGACUCGGACGCCAGUCCCGCUUUGCUGGCCGCUGCCGCUGCUACACCCUCCAGCCUGCCACCCGCCUGUGCUGCCCCGACUGCUAAAACAAACACACAGUCUUAUGCUUUGGCUGCUGGGGCUUCACCCAGUUCUCCUCCUCCUCCUCCUGCUGCUGCACCGAACACUAAACCUCCUGCAGCAGGUGGUGCUGUGCCUCCCUCCGUCCCAUCCUCUGCCUCUCUCUUCUCCUUGCUCCCCCCUGUUCUCCCUGCGGCGUCAUCACCCCCAACCCCCCACGCCCUCUCCUCGUCUUCCCCGUCCUCUUCCUCUCUUCCUCGCAAAUCAUCUCCUCCUCCUUCCUUUUCACUACCGACUCCUACUUUCAUCGCUCCCAUCGCUCCCUCUCCCACCGCUGCACAGGGCUUCCUCCCCCGUUCCUCCCCACCUCUCUCCUCUCUCCCCCGCUCCCCCAGUCCGCCCUCCUUCUCCUCCUCAGCCCAGACCUCCUCUCUCCAUCAUCACAUCCACGAGGCUCCGCCAGUUUCAGCACAAAAGUCUUUGACAAACACAGGAGGAACCCUGACUGCAUCUCAGUCCACCACGAGCCAGCCCCCCCUCUCCCAGAUUCAUCCUCAGGUGUCUCAAAACCAGAGCCAGAUCUCUGUGUCCCAGACCCAAACCCAGUCCUCAAUAACCCAGGGUGAGACCCAAACCCAGCCUUCUCUGCCCCUCAACCAAACCUUUAUGCCCCAUAUGCCGACUGAGGUCCAGCCCCCCCUCCCUCAGUCAUGUCUUCCUCAGCACCAGCCUCAGUCUCAGACUGCAGGGGCCUCUCUGCCACAGACCCAGAUCCAGCCGUCUGUCCUCCAGACCCCUCAGGCCCAGCCCCAGGCCCCCGUCUCUCAACUCCAGCCCCAGUCUCAGACACAGUGCCCCUCACAGUCCCAGUCUGAGGUGGCCCAGGUCCAGGCCUCUCACGCAGCUCCAGGAGCUUCCUACCCUCUUACCUCCCAGGCCUCAGUUCCCACCUCUGCCGCCGUGCAGCCCCAACCACCUGUCACCCAUCCUCACCUGCAGGUCCAACAGGCCCAGCCUCCUCACCCCUCCCAAGUCCCACACCCCCCUGUCUCUCUCUCUGCCACCCUGACCCAAUCCCAGAACCCCAUCGCCCAAAAUCAAACAGAGGCCCCCCUCCCUCCCGCCCAGCCUCAGCCCGACUCUCCGGCUCAGGAUCCCUCCCAGCAGUCCCGCCCUCCUCACCCUCCUCACCAGCCCCACUUACCGACUGCACAUUCCCCUCACCCCCAGUCCAUCCCAGGAGCCGUUCCUCUUCAGCAGCUGUCCCAGCUCUACCAGGACCCCCUGUACCCCGGCUUCCCCCAGGGCACCGCGGGCGACGUGGCUCCGACUCCGCCCAUCUCCUCCAGCAAAUCAGGGGACGACCUGCCGCAAGAUGUCAACAUCUUGAGGUUUUUCUUCAACUUGGGCGUCAAGGCCUACUCCAUGCCCAUGUUCCCCCCUUACAUAUACCUCCUCCCCCUCCAGCAGGCCCACACCAUGCACCCCAAGAUCCCCUCCCGCUCCCCCUCUCCUACCCCCAGCUACCCUCCCUCCAACCCCCCCAUCAGGCACCAGGAAGCAUACCCCCACCCUCAGUACCCUCCAACUUCAGUGUCCAUACCUCCUCAAUAUGACCACCAACUCCCACUCCCUGAGCCCCCCAACCCCAGUGACCCCUCCUUCAACCAGUCUGGGUACCCUGCCGCCCAGCCUCCACCCCACAGGAUGUCCUGCCCCUCGCUGCCAUGGCAACAGCUCCAGAUGCCCUCACACAGAAACCCCAGCUUCCCGGUAGGGUAUCCCACCCCAAGUCCACAAUAUCCACCGUUGUCUCAGGGCUACCAUCCAGGUCAAGGGCCGGGACACCCACUGUACCCUCCAAGCGUACCUCCGUACCCCCCCUCCUCGCUGGGAUAUCAGUCUUCAUCAGCCCAUGAAGAGCUCCAGGCGAGCCAGGGGGCGAUGGAGCAGCGUCAGCACGCUAAUGGGGACGCAGUUCCUGGACAAGGACCUGGCCGAGCCCCUGGGCUCGCUGCUGCUAACUUGGCUAAUGCUAAUAACAAUAGACCAGUGGUGGUUCCUGGUUUUGCCCACAAGAAGGAGCUGGGAGCGGUGCUGCUGGUGGACCCGCCACUCAACAACUAUCCCAUCCUGGUUUCAAACCCUGGCAUCAAGGAUGUCCCCGUCUCCAUGACAACAAUGAAGACCAGCAGCACAUGUGGCUCUCCAUCACCUUAUGACAUCAUCUCCAAGGCAACCGUCCCCGGUGACAACAUCCCCUCUCGUGGUUACCGGGGUCAGCAAAAACUACAUAAUCCUACCAACACGUACGUCUCGCUGGGGGCACCGGAGCCGAGCCAGGGGGUCUACCUGCAGACCGCUGCCAUGGCAGAGCCUCUGUCCGUCGGCUGCAGCACAGAGGACGACUGGGAGGAGCACAUGGGAUUCAAACCCACAACCAUAAACCACCGAGGGUCGAGGAGGAACCACAGAAGAGGAGGAGGAGGAGGAGGGAGAGGGAGAGGAGGCCAUGAUCCAGGCAGGGGGUCAAACAGGAGGAGACAUGGAGGAGAGGCAGGGGCGGGGUUAAGCUAUAUCCAGUAUAACUCCUCCUACCAGGGGAGGGGCCGGGAGAGGGGAUACUAGCUCUCAUCCAAUGAGAGGAGAGGACACCAGAAGGUGAUAUUUUUUUUUCGUCCUUUUCUCCCCCAGUCUUGUUGCUUUCUGCUCGUUCUUAUUUGGACAUUUUCUGUUUCAUUUUGACGUCUUUCCUUCCUCCGUCACCAACUGUAGAUCUCAUUGGUGGAUGCGAUUGAUUCCACAUAAAAAAUAGAUACCAGAAGCGAUCAAUUCGACCAAUCGUCCGUGUUGUGUCUUCGCCUGCAGUUGGAAAGUCUGAAACUCCAUCUGUGUGUUUGAUUGACGUUGAAAUGCUUCACCUCGCUGCGGAAACAUGAACACUAUCACAUUUUCUUUAUCAAGCUCAUAUUAGCUGGCUCAUUAGCGUAGCAUGUUAGCAAAUGCAAGUUUACAUUUCUCAGCAGUUAACGACACGCACGGACGCCUGGGUUUAAAGAAGGUGUUUUCUUUCUGAACGAGCAUUUUUGGGAUCGUAGACAUGCUCAGAGUCGGGCUGCGUGGAGGUUGUCACCACGUUAACGUGACGUUAGAAGAAACGUCUGCGGCGCUCUGAAUAUUCAUCGCACUGCAUCGUUCUUUAAAGGAACAGUCAGACAUUUUUGGGGAAUUUUAACUCUUUGUUUUGCGUUUUGCUGUUUGAUAAGAUUGUUACCACUCUCAAGUCUGUAUGCCGAAUGUGAAGCUGCUGCUGGUUAGCUUAGCUUAGCAUGAAGCAAAAACUUUAGGGGUGAAAACAACAAUUUGUGUUAUUACUGUGGGUUAUGUGCCAGGCUAGCUGUCUCUUUCCAGCCUUUGUGCUAAGCUAAGCUAACCAUCUACUGGCCACAGCUACAUAUUUACCGUACGAACAAGAGCGGUUUCAAUCUCCUCUAAUUUUUCCCAUGAAUGUAGAACUAUUCCUUUAAAGGAAGUCAAAAUUAAGACUCUAGCAUGCUACACACCUACUGAGAGCUUAGCAUGUCCACGCAGCUUCAGACAUUUAAACAUACUCAAGCAUCAACCAGCUUCAGCGAGCACUUCCUGUUAGCAUCUGUUAGCACUGUGAGCUAAAACCAAACAAGCGAGGAUUAAAGCAACAAAAAUCUGUAAAAAGUGUAAUUUGAGAGCAGUUUGAGUUGAAUCGCUGCUCUGGAACUCCGAGAGUGUUCAGAAGACUCGGAUUUGAAGAGUCCGACGGCAAAGAGCUCGACUUGAACUCACUCGAGGCUGUUUGGAAGUUGGGUGUUUAGAUUUAUUUUUUAAUCGUUGCUGCUCGUCUCGUGUCCCUUCCUUUCCUGUUAUUGUCUCGUUUUUUGUUUUUUGUCUUCGCCGGCUUUGUUUUUCUUUUGUCGCGUCCGAUCAGCUCAGAAAGCUGUGGAGACUCAGUGCCUUACGUUUGCCGCCUUUCACGGUCUUGUGUCUUUGUCUCCUGCUGUAGUCGAGUUGGAGUUUGGGAAUCUGCUGUAUAGAACAAAGGCUGUUGUUGUCUGUGUUGGAUUUUUCUAUGCGGUUGAAUAAUAAAACUUUGGUUCAGA